AUGGCAACGAUCGAUUACAUGGUUGCCGCGUACGGGCCGUACUCUGCCUCUGCAACGGGAUGUAAUGGGUUCACUAGAGAUUUCCUCGCUGCUAUUGCGACUAUGUACUCGACUCCGAUGUAUGAGAAUAUUGGGGGCAGGUAUCAUCUUCAGUGGGCUAGUACGUUGCUUGGAUGUGUUGGGUUCCUCAUUUUGAUUCCGAUUUAUGUGUUUUAUUGGAAGGGGCCAGAUAUUCGGGUGAAGAGCAAGUUUGCGCAACAGCUUGAGGCGGAUCGGAUGAGACAUGGUGGUCGUCGAGCGAGUCGGGUGGGUGCUGAUGGGGAUCCGUAUGCGUAG